AGCCUUUGAUUGCUUCACAAAUUCUGGGAACAGCUCAUACUACCUCUCCCCACUCAACUCCACCCAACCCUACCCUACCCAACCCCCUUAAGGCAGAGCUCCCUAGGGAGAAGCACAGCCGAGUGAGCAGAGAAAAUCCUUAGAGUGAGCCCAGCCUUGAGGAACCGGCCACUAGCGCGUGUCUCGGCCACUCAUGGACACCCGACCAUACAAAAGGAAGAACUCUGUCCCCUUCUCGUCAUUCUGAAAGACUGUGAACCCUGGAGUCCUAAAUCAUCACACAGGAAGCUGAGGACUUCCUGUUCAAUCAGGACGUUGAGCCUUGAGUUCAUCAAAAUUCGAAAAGCUCCAGAAACAAAGACUUCGUGGACAAAACCCCUGAGACCAGAGUAAGUGGUACUUGUUUUUUUUUUUUCUGUCUUGCCAGUUACCACUGAGGGCAAUCUUGUUAGAAGACAUAUAUGCAGCCAGGACUGUCGUCCUCACACCGUAGGACAUUCCUGAAAGGGCCCGCCGCCCUCUGACGGCAAAGAACACAGAGACUCGCUCCAGGAUGACAGAGGCCAGCACGGAAAUCACAGUCCCGACAGAGAACUUUGACGUGACGACAGAAUAUGACUAUGAGGGCAUAACCCCGUGCCAGAAGGGGGAGGAGAGGGCCUUCGGGGCCCAGCUGCUGCCCCCCUUGUACUCGCUGGUGUUCGUCGUCGGCCUGGUGGGCAACAUCCUGGUGCUCUUGGUCCUGAUGCAGUACAAGAGGCUCAAGAGUAUGACCAGCAUCUACCUCCUCAACCUGGCCAUCUCUGACCUGCUUUUCCUCUUCACGCUGCCCUUCUGGAUUGACUACAAGCUGAAGGAUGACUGGAUUUUCAGCGACGGCACCUGCAAGCUGCUCUCGGGGCUUUAUUACAUAGGCUUGUACAGCGAGAUCUUUUUCAUCAUCCUGCUGACGGUGGACAGGUACCUGGCCAUCGUGCACGCCGUGUUCGCCCUGCGGGUUCGCACCGUCCUCUUCGGCGUCCUCAGCAGCGCCGUGGCCUGGAGCCUGGCCGUCUCGGCCUCCGUCCCGGGCUUCUACUUUUCCAAGACCCAGCGGGAGUUCUCCCAUAUCACCUGCAGCCUCCACUUCCCUCACGAAAACCUAAAAGCCUGGAAACGGUUCCAGGCUCUGAAGCUGAACACGUUGGGGCUGGUGUUGCCUCUGUUGGUCAUGAUCGUCUGCUACACCGAGAUCGUAAGGAUUCUGCUCAGGCGACCCAACGAGAAGAAGGCCAAAGCCGUCCGCCUGAUUUUCGUCAUCAUGAUCGUCUUCUUUCUCUUCUGGACCCCUUACAACCUGGCCAUGCUGGUCUCUGCUUUCCAAGACACCCUUUUCACCGACGAGUGUCGGCAGAGCAAACAGCUGGACGUGGCCAUGCAGGUGACGGAGGUGAUCGCCUACACGCACUGCUGCGUCAACCCCGUCAUCUAUGCCUUCGUGGGAGAGAGGUUCCGCAGGUACCUGCGCCAGCUGUUCCACGGGGUCCUGGCCACGCGCCUGGCCAAAUGGCUCCCCUUCCUCUCCGCGGAGAGGCUGGAGAGGACCAGCUCAAUGUCGCCCUCCACGGCGGAGCAAGAACUCUCUGCAGGUUUCUGACUCGGGACCCUGGGGGCCGAUGCGGGACCCAGCCGGGG